AUGAAGCUCAUCGCCUUCCUCCUCUUCCUUCUUGGCCUCGUCAACGCUGGAGUUGUCCGCACUCCCGCUGAGGCUGCCACCCUCACCACUGAGACUACCGCUCCCGUCGCUACCCCCGAUGCCUUCGUCGCCAAGGGUGAGAAGAUGGCAUCCUGCAACAUCCAGUGCGCCUUCUGGUACCAGAAGUGCUACUACGCCCCUUGGUCCUACAGCUGUGGCAACGACGGCCGGUUCCGUCGUCAUGAAUGGAACCCUAUCUGUGAGAAGAACUGCUGGUGCAACUGCGAUUCCCAGUAA